AUGCGACGCGACACGCCGUCCCCGACCGCCACCGCGCAUCUCGAGCGAAACGACCGGGAGGAGGACGACCUCGUGAGGGCCCUCCUCUCUCAGCACAAGGCGGAAGACACCGCAGACGGACCCCCGGGGCACUCUCACUCUCUGGAUGAUACCUACUAUCACGAUGGUCCCGAGCCCCCCCAGGCGUACCGCAACUCGAUGCCCGAGGACAGGACGUGCGCUUGCCACACCUCGCCGCUGGCAUCCGUCUUGUGCUGGCUCACGACGCCGCUCCUCUGCGCCCCCCUGUGCGCGUCGUGCGUAACGGUGCCCCCGAGAACCGCGGUCGUCACCACCGUGUUCGGCAGGUUUUGGCACAAUUACACCACCCCCGGCCUCUAUUUCGUCAACACCUGCGGCAGGGAGACCACCAUCGUGUCCCUCAAGACCACCAGCGUCGAGCUCCCCGCCGUGAAGGUGGCGGACGCGAGGGGCAACUCCAUCGUCGUCUCCGGGGUGGUCAACUACAGAGUCUUCGACGCCACCAGAGCCGCCCUCGACGUCGCCCACCUGCCAAACUUCGUCAAGGUGAACGCGCACGCGUCCCUCAAGCGCGUCGCCUCCCUCUACCCGUACGAGACGAACGACGGGACCCCCUCGCUCAAGACGGAAGCGGCGCUCCUCGGCCGCGCCCUUCGUCGAGCGUUGCAGACCAAGCUCGACUGCGCGGGAAUAUGCGUGGUCUCCUUCGAGCUGUCCGACCUCGCGUACGCCGCGGAGGUGGCGCCGAUGAUGCUCGUGCGUCAGCAGGCGCAGGCGCUCCUCGAUGCCCGCGGCGUGAUCGUGGCCGGUUCGGUCGGGAUCGUGGACUCGUGCCUGCGGCAGCUCACGAAGAAGGGGCACCCGCUCACCGACAGGGACGAGGCCAGGCUGGUGUCCAACCUGAUGACCGUUCUCGCGGGGGAGACCAGGCCGCUGCCCACGCUGUCGCUCACCGACGCCAAAUAA